CUGAAAGCGCACGAAAAAUCCAAUACUGACGCCUGAGACAACAGCUUCUAACCUGUUUAUGAACAGAAUUAAUGUAUCCACAUGCUUAGACUUUAAUUACAACUUUAGAAGGAAAGGUUGUGGUGUCAGAAUUGAGAGACAGAGUAGUGGUGAUGGCGCAGCAGAGUGUUCAAACAGUAUUGGCUACCACAGAUGUUUUCCAAACUGGAGAUAUCAAAUGGAAGCAUUUCAAUGUUGACACAUCAAACACUUGCCCAAAACCAUUGCUAGUGUUUACCCCCACAGUGCCAGGGACAUACCCUGUUAUAUUGUUCUGCCAUGGCUUCUGCGUUCUCAAUAGCUUCUACUCCAGCCUCCUAGCCCAUAUUACUUCACAUGGGUUCAUUGUUGUUGCUCCUCAGUUGUUUUGCAUGGGCCUCCCUAUGCUUGGACUCUGUGAAGUCAAAUUCGCAGGAAAAGUUGCAGAUUGGAUAACAGAGGGACUUCAAGCACAGCUUACAAAACACGUUAAUGAAAACAUUGAAGCCAAAUUGGAGUCAUUGAUUCUAGCAGGUCACAGCAGAGGUGGAAAAACUGCAUUUGCAGUAGCACUUGGUUAUGCCAAGACUAACCUCAAAUUCUCAGCACUUAUAGGCAUAGACCCAGUGGCUGGCCUAAGCAAGUGCAAAAUCUGCAGGACACUUCCACACAUUCUAACAGGUGUACCACAAUCCUUCAAUUUAAACAUGCCGGUCGUGGUAAUCGGCACCGGGCUAGGCCCAGAGAAGGCUAGUUGUUGUUCUCCUCCGUGUGCCCCUGACGGCGUGAACCAUGUGGAGUUCUUCACUGAGUGCAAGCCUCCUUGUGCACAUUUUAUCACAACGGAGUAUGGUCACAUGGACAUGUUGGAUGAUGAUACACCAGGGAUUAUUGGGGGCACAGUGAAGUGCAUCUGUAAGAAUGGAACUGGUCCUAAGGAUUUGAUGAGAAGGACAGUGGGAGGGUUGGUUGUUGCUUUCUUAAGGGCUUAUUUGAGUGCUCAGUGGAAGGAUCUGAAUGCCAUUUUAGCGGAUCCUAGUAUUGCUCCUGCCAAGCUUGAUGACCCUGUUGUGUAUUUAGCUGCGUGAAGCCAAAAAUUUGUCUUUCAAUUUCAACAUAGUUGUUAGUUUUAUUCAAUUUUUUGUAAUUGAAUGGGUUUUUGUGUGGGACUAUCCUCAAAUAGUUAGCUAGCUUAACUCAA